AUGGCAGCUGACUUCUUCAAGGCGCGGCGGGAGGAGGAGGAGGUGGAGGCGGAGGCGGAGGCGGAGGCGGAGGCGGAGGGCGGCCUCCCCGAAGCCGGCCCGCGCCUGCAGGAGGAGGCCAUGAACAGCGACCGCACCGAGAGCGACUGGCAGGGGCUGGUGAGCGAGUACCUAGUGUGUAAAAGGAAGCUAGAGAGCAAAAAGGAAGCCCUGCUGAUCCUGUCCAAGGAGCUGGACACAUGCCAGCAGGAAAGGGACCAGUACAAACUCAUGGCCAACCAGCUCCGAGAACGCCACCAGUCCCUGAAGAAGAAAUACCGGGAGCUGAUCGAUGGAGAUCCAUCACUUCCCCCUGAAAAGAGGAAACAGGCUAAUCUUGCACAACUAUUGAGAGAUUGUCAGGACCGAAAUAAACAUCUGGGAGAAGAAAUUAAAGAACUUCAGCAAAGGCUUGGAGAAGUCCAGGGUGACAAUAAGCUCUUGAGGAUGACAAUCGCCAAACAGAGGCUCGGAGACGAAGAAAUCGGUGUGCGGCACUUUGCGGCCCAUGAGCGUGAAGACUUGGUUCAGCAGCUGGAGAGAGCUAAGGAACAGAUUGAGUCUCUGGAGCAUGACCUGCAGGCCUCUGUGGAUGAGCUUCAGGAUGUUAAAGAAGAGCGGUCUUCCUACCAGGACAAAGUGGAGAGGCUCAACCAGGAGCUAAACCACAUCCUGGGUGGGCACGAGAACCGCAUCAUUGACGUGGACGCCCUGUGUAUGGAGAACAGGUACCUUCAAGAGAGAUUAAAGCAACUUCACGAAGAGGUCAACCUCUUGAAAUCUAACAUUGCCAAAUAUAAGAAUGCUCUGGAGAGACGGAAAAACUCAAAAGGCCAGGGUAAAUCCAGCAGCAGUGCUCUGACUGGAGUCCUAUCUGCAAAGCAAGUUCAGGAUCUGUUAUCUGAGGAUCACGGAUGCAGCCUCCCAGCUACUCCACAGUCCGUUUCUGAUCUGAAAUCUCUGGCAACAGCCCUGUUGGAGACGAUCCACGAGAAAAACAUGGUCCUCCAGCACCAGAGGCAGACCAACAAAAUCCUAGGGAAUCGAGUGGCUGAACUGGAGAAAAAAUUAAGAACUCUUGAAGUUUCUGGUUUGUGGAGUCUUCCAGGCCUGAGCUACAAUGUUUCAGUAGGAUUUGGGAGGGGCAAGGACACCAUACUCUUCACCGACCCUGCUCUUCCCACCGUACAGAGGUCGAGAUCCCCACUGCUGAAGUUUGUUGAGAAGCCCACUGAGAGCAAAGCAAAUCCCAAGGACGGGGAGAUUCAGAAGCAAGAACGAGAUGAAAGUUGUGCUGCUGCUGAGGCGUUGACAGCACCAGAGGAUGCUGGGAGGCCCGCUGUCAACUCCCCAGCAAAUCCGAGCCACGGGAACCAACGCAAGCACUUUCAUCCUUCAUUACCCCAGUUACCUUCUGAGGAGGAAGAAGUAAACAGGCUUGGAAAGGAGAUAAUGAAACUGACAGAGGAGCAGGCAGCUGCAGAAUCAGAAGGGGUCAGAAGGGGGAGUCCCGUGGAGGGUCAGAGGAAGGAGAUGAGGCCACCACUGCCAGGCCCUGCCUCCGAGGGGGAGUGCCCCAAAUCUUGCCAGGACUCCUUUGAGUCCAGCCAGCCAGUGGCCCAAGCUUCCACCCUGGAAGAUGGCAAGGAGACCACAGAGGGUGGAGGCACGAGGAGCGUGGUGAAAACAUGACGGGGAAAGGGAUCGGACAUGACAACGCGUCGAAGGCACCAGGGACGGUAAAGAAUUAAGCGUCAGAACAGCUCGCCGAAGUCGCUUUGUCCUAAAACACCUCCAAGUCUGCAAGUGAGAAAAGACACCGAUCCUGAUGCAAACUCUGAAUAUUCUGAUGAUGCCAGCACAGUUUGAUUUAUUAAAUGCGGGUCCUC